AUGGAUGAUAAUAACAACAUAUUUGAUGCUUUAGAAAAAAGUUCAAAAAUAGAAAAAAUGUUAGUUGCUCCAUCAAUUUCAUCAUCGAAUAAUAUUGUUCUUCCAACGACUAAAACAGCAAUAGAACCAGUUCGAAAGAAAGGCAGAAAUAAGUUAGUUGAUGAAUUAGGCUUUCGCAAUCCCGGACCUAAAAAUGUCGUAACUACUGUUAGUUCACGAAGAACAAAAAAUGCGCGCCGUAAUUCAACACAAGAACGCACAGGUCGGAGUCGUCCAGUAUACGAUAGUAUCGGUCUGUCAAUCAGUGAUAAAAGUGAUCGUUGUGAUUGCAAUAGAAAAGCAUGUUCAGGUAACGUCUGUUUUACUAUACAUUUCUUUGUGCAGAAAUUAACGAAUAUGAAUUCUCUUCAGACGCCAUCAACCAAAUGCUCGAAUUUAACUCGACAAAAUCAUCAACAACAAACUCAACUUGAUUGUAGUUUAACAUCAAUUGAUUGGCUGCCAAAUAUGAAAAUUGAAAAAUCAAUCACAUCUGUGACACCAUCAAUAACACUCUCCACGACGACAGCAGCAAACAUGAAUCAAAUAACAACAACAACAUUGCCAUCACAUGAUACAACUUCAUCUGGCUAUCGUAAUCAGAAAUUAUCAGCAAAUUAUUGUGAAGGAUAUUCAACAUUACAACCAAAUUUCACGCCAGAUUCAGCUUUACUUAUAGAUGAACAGAAGUCAAUGCAACAUCCACUAAAUGAUUUUAUACAUCAACAGCCGUGUGAACAACAUCAGAAACCACCAUAUAGUUAUGUGACUUUAAUACGUCGAGCCAUACUGAGCACUCCAAGCCAACGAAUGACAUUAAAUGAAAUAUAUCACUCAAUAACUGAAAAAUAUCCUUAUUUUAAAACAGCACCACCUAAAUGGAAAAAUUCAAUUCGCCAUAAUUUGUCAUUAAAUAAAUGCUUUAAGAAAGUUCAACGAGGUAUGAAUGACCCUGGUAAAGGUAGUUAUUGGACAGUUGAUGAUUUGGAAACGAAUUUGUCGAUGCGAAAACGUCGUCCUGAAGAUCUAACUCAUCUUCAGAAUUUAUGCUCUGCUCAACAACAACCACAACAACAAGCAUCGAACUCUUCGGUGGCGUAUUUCAACAAUCCAAUGAUUUACGACAUAAAUAGUAUUGCUGGACAAUCAUCGUCUACAGACGAUUCAGACUCAACAAUGGCUCUAACACCGAAUAGCCAAUGGAUGCCUGAAGAUAUAAACAUUGAAUUAACAGCAUCAUUUCGCCGAUUUCGUGAACAAGUUCUUGAUUCAAACAAUCCUUUUUCAACUGGCAAGUGGAUGAUGCAAUUUUCAUUCUUUGCGAGAUUGAUGAUAAUCAUUUUCUCUUUACUUGUAGAUGUGACAUUGAAUAAUGGUUGCCAAGAUUUAUUUCCAAAUGGAGAAAGUUUCCUUGAAAGCGUCAAAAUGGCGGGGAGUGGUGAAAUCAAUUGGAAUGACAUUAAACUUGAGCCAUAUUGUGAACUUCUUGAUAUAUUUCGUGCAAGUUCAACAUUCCAAGACCGUGAUCAAUUAAUCAAUUUGGCAUCUUCAUUAUCAAAUUUUUUCGAUUAUACGGGAAUUACGAAUAUGGUUCAAUCACGUACACAUGAUGCUCGCUCGUUGAAUUGUGUUAUGAAUGAACCAAAUGAUCUUAAUCCUUUGAAUAUUCAAAUGCCUUGUUUGCCAGUGGUCAUUGAAGAAGAUACAAAUAACUUUGACUGGGAUUCAAUUACCUAA